CAUCCCCUCUUUCUAAAGUGGUCCGUUUAUUUAUGAUACAUACAUCACCAAUAAACAUAUAUGUCUACACAUGCAUGAGAUGAGCAAAGAGCCAAGCUCUCUCUCUACCUAUAAUAUUAUUAGACAGAGAAACCAAACCCUUUCUACCUCUCUUCUAUCUUCAGUAUAUUUCUAGUCAUUCUUCUUCCCACCUUUAUAUCUUCAGUAUAAAUCUCAACAAUCAAGAAGCAUCAGAUAAUCCGAUCAGUCAAGCUAUCAAUCAAUCAAAUCACACACCAUUCUCUAACACAAAAGGAUCAUCAUGUCGUCUUCAUCACCUGCUUUUUCACCGGACCACCUCUCCCCCUCCGACCAGCUCUGUUACGUCCAUUGCAACUUUUGCGACACUGUCCUCGCUGUGAGUGUUCCUUGCAGCAGCUUGUUCAAGACUGUCACCGUCCGAUGCGGCCACUGCACCAACCUCCUCUCCGUCAACAUGCGUGCCCUCCUCCUUCCUGCUGCCAAUCAGCUCCACCUCCCACAUUCCUUCUUUACUCCUCAGAAUCUUCUGGAGGAGAUCCGCAGUUCACCGCCAAAUAUGCUGAUCAAUCAGCCUAACCCUAGUCUUGACUCCUUCAUGCCAGCUCGAGUCGGAGUUGAAGAGAUCCCCAAACCGCCUGUGGUUAACAGACCUCCGGAGAAGAGACAGAGAGUCCCAUCUGCUUACAAUCGAUUCAUUAAGGAUGAAAUUCAACGCAUCAAAGCAGGAAAUCCCGAUAUAAGCCACAGGGAGGCAUUCAGCGCCGCUGCCAAAAAUUGGGCCCACUUCCCACACAUACAUUUCGGACUUAUGCCUGAUCAUCAACCCGUGAAGAAGACGAACGUACGCCCUCAGGAUGGAGAGGACAUGCUGAUGAAAGAUGCAGGCUUCUUUGCUCCUGCAAAUGUGGGUGUUACGCCCUUCUAGAAGUAGCUAGAUACCAAACUGUUAGGGGUAUCUUCUUCACUUCUCUCUUUUGUCUUGAACUGUUAUGUUCUUCUCUAGCUAGCUAGUUGUCUCGGUUUAGAGAUGUUAUUCUCUCUUAGUAUUAGUAAUCUUAGAGCUGAUGGGAAAAAAAAAAAAAAGAAGAGUAAUUAUGGAACUUUAGGUCAUUGCUUAUUAAUUAUGUAAUAUGUGAUGAUGGGAGCGGAUUUUGGAGUGAAGAAUGUAUAUGAAAUCUAAUGCGAUCUACUAGGCUCUCCUUUGAUAUGAAUAGACAUAUGAAGGCUAGCUUUAUGCAGACAUAAACAUUGGAUUAACCUCUAUCUUUCAGUUCC